AUGCCAGGAAAAAUCGAUGAUGCGAGCUCGAAGCCGAAGCGACGUGGAGUGUACCUCCUUACACAUCCAAGGUCGGCGUCGAACCUUUUUCAGACGAUGAUGGCAAAUCAGCCAGGUUUCCAGAACUCGGCUUACCUUAUCUUUGAAGCAAGCUUCACCAUAUUCGAAUCCUUUAACCACAAAGAGUCAUGGAGCGACUGGUCCGAAGACGAGUGGAAGACCCUCCAAGAUGGAUUUCAGAAAUGUUUCGGCAAGAUGCUUGAAGAAAUGGCAGAUGCAGAGUCCAAGGCAAGGCGCGGAGGCAAGCAAGUCUUCAUUAAGGAACACGUCAUUUUCAUGGGACCAUACCCAUUGCUCAAGAGUGUCUAUGGAGAAAAAGGUGCUCCGCCACCGAUCAUCAUGCAUCAUCCCGAUGAGGCUCAGGACGCUCAUACCAGUGUCUCCAGUCUGCCUGACAGCGUCCUCCUCUCCUUGCAGCCAAUCUUCCAAAUACGACACCCGAUUCUAAUGUUCCCAUCUAUGCUACGUUCUCAGAUCAAGGCCGGGGCCUCGAAAGGUUUUGACCGCAGAGUAAGAGCCACAGCAUCGCUGCGAUUUUCGCGCGAACUGUACGACUGGUAUCUGAAGCAAGGAGAAGAGACACAGCCAAAAGUCAUUGAUGCUGAUGAUAUCAUGACUGACAAGGCUGCUGUUGGCCAACUUUGCUUGGAGACUGGAAUGGACCCAGACUCUGUCCAGUAUGAGUGGGCCACAAGGGAAGAGCCACACCCGAUGAAGGCCAUCAUGUUGGACAAGAUUUGCUCAUCUACGGGUAUCCUGCCCGGUUUGACAGCUCAAGGUCUUACUUUGGAAGCUGAAAAGGCCAAAUGGAAGACCGAGUUUGGGGAGGAGGAUGCCGAGCUUCUAGCGAAGCACGUUCAAGAUGCCAUACCAGACUACGAGUAUCUUCACAGUCGACGAGUUCGUUCGGUACCGUCGGAGAAAUUGCAUUCUUAG